AUGGAAACGGACGAUGAUCUAGAUCCAGAGAUGCAGACCGGAAUGCCGGGUCACCCAAUCAGCAUAUCGAGUGGAUCCCCAUUUCAGGGUUCACCUUACAAUGGGCCUGACUCGUUCCAAGAGAAAAUGGCCACUUUUGAUUGGUUCUUUACCCCAUCUUACCAUAACUCUCCAGCCCAACCACCUUUGGUUGAACCGCAACUCCAAGCUGUCUCACCGCCGCUACUUCCGGUAGAGGAGCCACCGCAGCAGCCACCACAGCCACCUCCUGAGCCUCCGAGGCAAAGGAGGAACGCGCGUAUGUUCGUACGGGGGGGACCUCGUUUCAGUUCUCCUUGGGGUUCAAGUUCUUAUCCCCCUAUUCCGGAGGACCCCCAGAUGGGUGGGCCCUCGAAUGCGGCGCCGGAGAUUGAACCUCCGCCAGCUUCUUAUGCACCACCUGAGCCGCCUAUGGGUUUUGAUAACCCAAUCCCGACCUACCCAGGUUCUUCUGGGUAUAAUCCUUUUGUAAACCCAUCUGGGUACCCCUCGGACUAUGUAUCUCAAGACCCGUACCUUACGGCUGCGCAGUAUCACCACCUUUACCCUUCUUCUUACCCUCCGGUUCUUCCAACUGGAUAUCCAGUACCGGGUUAUCAGUACCCACCGUACCAACAACCUCCUCCUCAGCAGCAGCAGCAACAGACUCAGUAA